AUGGCACAAGGGAAUAUGAUUGAUGUCAGGACUAAGAAGUAUGACAGAACAGGUCCAAAGCCAAGGGAAUUUUCAUAUGAAUUCCUACAAUCAGUCCCUUUGUAUCUUAGGCAGAAUGAGAGAAGUUAUGCAGUUGCCCUGAAGAUUUCUCAUGUAACUCUUCAUAAUUUGAAGAAAAAGGGAAGGCUCAGAACACACACAAGCAGUAACAAGCUUGCUCUCACAUCAGACCACAAGGUUGCUAGAUUGAAAUGGGUGCUGUUACAUAUAAAUCCAAUCACAGUAGAUGAGGACCCCACUUUUGUUGACAUGAACCAUGUCAUACACAUAGAUGAGAAAUGGUUCUAUCUCAAUCCUGACAAGAGAAAAUUUUAUCUCCUUCCAAUGAAAGAGUUAGCAAAGAAAUCAAGCAAAAAUACACCAGCAGGCACAUGGGUAACCAAGGCACUCCAGAAUGUGAAUAGAGAGGUUAUUAGGGAGAUGUUGCUCACAAAGGUCAUACUAGCAAUUAAGUCUAAAUGGCCAGAAAGUCUGCCAAAAAAUGUCAUCAUUCAAUGGGACAAUGUAAGGCCUCACCAAGUUCUUAAGGAUGAAGAGUUUAUUGCAGCAACAACAUCAAAUGGGGUCAAUAUUCAACUUGUCUUCCAACCAGCACAGUCACCUGAUUUAAAUGUGUAG